GUUUGAUUCUAUGUCCAGGCUGCUGCUGUAUUGUUUUGAUUAGGAAAAUCAUUUGCACAGGUAGAGAUACGGAUUACGUUAUCUAAGAUCUUCACCGUAGUCAUCGUGGUCAUGGAGGAGCAGACCGCCUCUCCUGGAGCCAACGCCGACAACAACGGCCAGAGAAAUGGAGACGAGAAGCCCCGACGUGGCAACUGGACCAAGGGGAGGAAGAGGAAGAAGCCGAUGAAGGACAGCAACGCACCCAAGGCCCCCCUCACGGGCUACGUCCGCUUCAUGAACGACAGACGGGAGCAGCUUCGGGCCGAGCGUCCGGACGUGCCCUUCCCAGAGAUCACCAGGAUGCUGGGCAACGAGUGGAGCAAGCUGCCCCCCGAGGAGAAGCAGCGAUACUUGGAUGAGGCGGAGCGAGAUAAGGAGCGCUACAUGCAGGAGCUGGAGAAGUACCAGAAGACGGAGGCCUACAAACAUUUCACCAGGAAGGUUCAGGAGAAGCAGAAAGGCAAGCGACACAGGGGAGAUGCUGGGCACCAGGUAGCCAACGAAGCUCUUCACGAGAAGGAGGGUGAAGGGAAGGACAGAACUGUGUUCGACAUACCGAUCUUCACUGAGGAGUUCCUCAACCACAGCAAAGCGCGCGAGGCUGAGAUGCGGCAGCUGCGUAAGACCAACAUGGAGUACGAGGAGCGUAACGCGGCGCUGCAGAAACACGUGGAGAGCAUGCGCGGCGCCGUGGAGAGGCUGGAGGGCGACGUGAUGCAGGAGAGGGGACGCAACGGGCUGCUCCACCAGCACCUGGAGACCCUGAGACAGGCGCUCACCUCCAGCUUCUCCUCCGUGCCUCUGCCAGCGAGUGGAGAGACGCCCACUCUGGACAGCAUCGACUCCUACAUGAAGAAGCUCCACAGCAUCAUCGUCAGCUGCCCCCAGGAGCACGAGAAUCUCAUCAACACUGUGAGGGACGUGGUCAACCGUCUGGACAGAUAAUUGGACCGUGUCUCGAGGCUGUUCCCUGACCGUGAAUCUUCCUGCCGAUCUGUCCUCCCAAUUUAUUUUUAAACGUCUUUUAUUACUUCUCUAAGUUGAUGUAUGUGAAGGGGAUGUAGGGACUCGUAUUUAUUUAUUAUUUUUUUACACUCUGUCCUCACUUUAAUAUAGCUGUAGUUUGUUUUAUAAAUCAAAUGGUAGGACAUGAAACAGUUUUCUGUCACUCAUCGCUCCUGUUCUGUCUUUAUGUCCAUUUAUAGCAAAUGCUUUCACAAACAAUAUCUAAAGCAUUAUCAGACAUGUUCUAAACAAAGACAAAAUGUAUCCGUGGGUUCACCAUAUCCAAGAAAUGUUUUCUGUUUUUAUACUCUGUUGAAGAAAAACAUGUGCCAUUUAUUUUUUCUCCUGUGUGUAAAAGUGUUUGUGUUUUCAAUAAACGUAUUUACAUCA